AUGGCCCACGCCCUGCGCAGCUCCACGGACUACGCCAUGAAGACCACCCCGCAGGACCCCAUCCUCAAGCAGAGGGCGCCCGCCACCGGCGCCCCCUCCAAGCACAGGUACAGGAUCGCCCCUGCCGCGGAGGCCUCCCGCGCCCCCGACACAUUCGUGGAAGAUUCCGGCCACAAGGGGAAGCUGAACAUCAGCGCCAUGACCAAGGGGGUGACGGGGAUGCUGAAGCGGCACACGAAGGCGUUUCAGGUGGUGGGCGUGGAGGACAGUACAUUGAGGCAGCUGGCGUCGAAGUGCGGGGAUGCCGCGGUGACCUACAACGAGGUGAUGGCCUUCCUGGGGGCCCAGGGGUACGAGGAGUUCAUGACCGACACGGACAGCAGCGUGCUCAUGGUGAUGAUGAGGAAGUCGGCGGGCGCCCAGCGGCGCGACGUGCCGGAGGGGCUGCAGCAGAACCACGCCUUCGUGAGGCGGCUGCCCUUCAGGAGCUGCGUGACCUAUUAG